CGGAGAAAGAGAAAGAGGGGAAGCGGCGGUUUGGAAGAUGUCAUCGAAGCAGGUGAGGACAGCAAACCGAUAGCAAACCUGCUGGACGCCUUUGUGCGACACUGGAUUGUGUGUGUUGGAUGACGACUGAUGCAGUUGAAGAAGCUCUUGCGGCUGCGCGAGCAGCAACAGCAGCUAGUAGAGGAGGAUCAUGCCGGCGGCGAAGGUGAUGGCGAUGAGAGCGGUGAGGACGAGUCGACGCCGGUGGCGCAGAGGCCCCGGUCGGCCUUCCUGAUGGCCAUGGAUGACAUAGCUGACAGCGACGAUCCAGAUGCAGAGGAGGAACCGGAGCAGAAGGAGGACGGAGAUGACGAGCCGCAGGCGAGUCAGACCACAACAGAAGAAAACACCAUUUUUGAUGUGUGCAUGUCACCUCUCCGUGUGAGUGUGUUGGGGUGCUGGUUGUGGUUGUGUGGUCUUGUGCAGGCUCAGGCUCUGUCUGAGAGUCCCCCUCUUCCAGCGGCCUCCGGAAAGAAGAAGCGCAAAAAGAAAAAACAAGACAAACAUGACAGAAACAAGCAGCCCUCCCCCUCCCCCUCCCCCUCCGCCUCCCCUCACACACACGCACACACAGACGAGAUCGACGCCGCCAUAGAGGAGCUCGACGCCUCAGCAACCGCAUCAGCAUCAGCAGAAGACGCCAUGGCCGCCACCACCACCGCCACACACACCAAGCAGCGGCAGCAGCAGCAGCCGUCCUGCCUGUCGAUGGAGAAAGCGGCCUUCAACCCCGACAACGAGCUGAAGCGCAUCUUCGGCGCGUCGGUGGUGGCGCGCACUCAGGGGGCGGACCAGCAGCAGCAGCGGGGGAGGGCGAGAGGGCGGCAGCGGGCGCACUACAGCCAGGUGGUGCAGGCCAAGUGGCGGCGGAUGUGGCUGCAGACGGGGGAGGAGACCUGGCCGCCAGCUAGGGAGGGGCUGGAGAUGCACAUGCUGGGCGGACAGCAGCAGCAACACGGAGAGGGAGGGGGAGGUGGAGAGGGAGGAUCGGCUGGUGUUGAGUUCAAACUCGUUGCCAACUCCAGGUGGGUCGGGUGCGUGUGGGGGUGUGGGUGUGUCAUGUUGUGCCAUGGUGGUGUGUGUGUGUGCAGGUACCAGUCUGUGCAGGAGCAGUUUUACGAGUGUGUGGAGACCCACGACCCCAACGCCUUGGUGGACCUCAUCAGCAGAGAGCCCUUCCACGUCGACGCACUCCUGCAGCUCAGCGAGAUCUACAGAGCACAGGUCAACGAACGGCCGACACACAUAGACACGCUCACUCCCCCACAGAGGCACACACAGAGGUGGAAUCCCCUUUCUCUGUCCUGUCUGUCUGUGUGGUGUUUGUGCAGUCGGAGAACGAGACAGCGUUCGACCUGUGCAAGAGAGCCCUCUAUGCGCUCGAGUGGGGCUUCCACCCUAAAUUCUCCCCGUUCGUCACCACACCAGGCUCAAACCUACCACAGGCACGCACACACACAAAACACAGCACACGCCCUCUCUCAUUGGCUGUAUGCGUGUGUGGGGGUGUGUGGGGGUGUGUGUGUGGGUCGUUUAGGUGCGUGUGAGCUCGGCGCUGCCCGAGAGUAUCCCGUUGUACCACGCGUUGGGGAGCUACAUGCUCGGCCUGGGCAGCCAGGGGGUGCACAGGACGGCACUCGAGGUGGCCAAGCUGCUGCUGGCCAUGGACAUGGCUGCUGACCGGUUCCACACCCUUCUGCACAUCGACUUCUACGCUAUCAGGAGCAGGCAAGUCGCACGCACAGAGAAAGGGAGAGCGCCCAGCCCUCACACACACGCAUCUCUAUCCCUUUGUCUGUCUGCCUGUGGGUGGAUCAGGUCGUAUGCGUUCCUGCACCGUUUUGCCUUUUCCUUCAUCCCGCAGCACGUCAAGCAUCUGCAGCAGGGCCCCCGAGCCCCCACCCCCACCCUCAGCUCCACCUCACACACAUCAUCAUCACCCCUCCCAGCUGCAGGACCAGCACCAGCACCAACAGCAGCAGCACAACCACAGCCAACGGACAACACCCACGCGCAUCUCACAUCGGCGGACGGCGUCGCUGAUGGCGCUGGUGGUGAGGGAGAGGGAGAGGGUGUGGUUGAGCUGUGUCGGCUGGACUGGAUGCUGCCCAAUUUUGCGUUCUCAAUGGCUAUGGCCGCACUCAUGGAAAACACUUCUGGUGGGUGGGCGGGAUGGAUGGAUGGAUUAACACACACAUGGGUGUGGGCGGGUGUGUGUGUGUGUGCAGGUGUCGACGUGUCGCUGGUCAAGAGCCUGACAAUCGAUCGCAUCGUUGCCUGGCCUCCCACAGACCUGCAAGCACCUUACACACGUACGUCUUGCACGCACACAGCCACACACAUCCAUGCGCACCGUCUGUCGACCUCUCCUCUCAGCGCCCCAAUCGGCAUCCGACGACCCGAGUCGCCCGUUGGUGUGUCUGUGUCGCGCUUUGCUGCUGUUCCCCUCUUUCCUGCACGAGAUACUCGACCACACCAGCGCGAAGGCCCACAACAAAGUCCCAGGCACGGUUCCUUGGAAUGGAUUGGAUGGGCGCGUGUGUGGUGUGGAUGGAUGAAUGGAGAUACACGUGUCUGUGUCUGUGUGUGCAGGGUCUGCCUAUGUGAGCAAGACCUGGGGCGACCUGCUGUUCGCGAGACCGUUUGGCGACGCCAAAGCCGCCAAAUGGCAGCACCGAACGUGAGAUGAUGAACCACAGGCACACACACACACACACACACACAUGUGGAUGGAUGGAUGGAUGUCUGCAGGCACGGCGACGUGUUGCAGGUGAUGGUGGCGUGCUACGUGGCCAAGAGCGGCGCCCUGUGGAAGGCCGAGCAGGUGCAGAGGGUGCUCCACUCCUGUGCAGGGCAUCUGGCAUUCAUCUACGCCGACCUCACCGACAGUAAGCCAACACACACCACGCACCACACACAAUCGGGAUGGAUGUGCCAGUGCCCGUGUGUGUCUCUGUGUGUGUGUGUGCAGCUGCGGGCGAGUUGGAUGCGUUUCGCACGUCGUGGUGUGCCUCGCGCUUUGCGAUGGACAUGGCGCGAUACCGAGACCUCCGGCCGUCAGAGUUCGCGCAGAGAUACACCCUGCCCGACUUCAUCCUGCAGGUGCGUCUCGCUGCACACACACCCCCCCCCCACACACAGAUGGAUGGAUGGAUGGAUGGAGUGCAGCAGAGGAUCCCCGCCCGUCGAGGGCAGCAGAACGGCAUGGGCGAUGGGGAGCGCGGUAAUGUCAGUCUGGACAGCAACCCGGUGGUGGUCUUCCUCCAGACACUCCUGCCCUGGAACCAAAUCGACCAGACAGGUGUGUGUAUGUGUGUGUAUAUCUAUGCCACACCCACCCACACACACAGAGAGAGAGAGAGGGAGAGAGGCACAGACGUCUGUGUGUCCGUCUGGUCUGUCUGUCUGCCUGCCCUUUGCAGGUUUGCACGCCCAGCCGGUGAACCUGCCCACCAUGCAGACCCUCCUGGCCCGCCUCCGUGACGCACUCGCGCGUGUCAGCAACGCCCAGCAGGAGCAGCAGCAGCAGCAAGCAGCCGGUGAUGCCGCUGCGGCAGCUGGUGGUGGUGGUGUGGAGAUCGAUGCCGCCGAUGCGAUGCAGGCGCACUUGGCUGAGCUGGCGAGGCAGUACACAGAGGGGGAGGGAGAGGGUGAGGGAGAUUUUGAUGGAGAGCCGAGGUUUGACGAUGAGCUAGAUCAGGUAGACUGACUGACUCGUUCGUUAUUGUUUUGUCUGUGUGUGUGUUGCCGGUGCGUAGCCGUAGCCGUAGGGUUAGCAGACGGGCGGACGGGCGGACCAUCGCACUAAUAACAUAACAUUACAUGUGAAGGGAUUGCAGAUGCAUUGAUAUCGUGUCUGACUGACCAUGUCGGUUUCGUGUCUGACCAAUCAAGCCAUGAACAUCACACUGUGCAUAGAGCAAACGAAAGAAACGAAC